GGCUCGGGGGCCGGGGAGGACCAUGCACCGCGCUGCCUCCAACCAGCGCUCGGUCUCCUCCUCCUCGGGCUCCUUCCAGCCGCCGCCGCCGCCGCCGCCGCUGCCGCACGCCGCCGACCGGCAGCCCCUCUUUCCGGGCAGCUCCAGCAGCGGCGGCAGCCGGCGGGGCUCGGGGUCGAGCUCGGGCUCGGCCCGGGCCCGCCGCCCCCGCAGCAGCAGCAGCAGCAGCAGCAGCAGCGAGGAGGAGGAGGAGGAGGAAGAGGACAGCAUCAGCAUCAGCAAGCCCCUGGUGCCGCCGCCCGCCGCCCCGCCGCCCGCCGCCGCCUCGCCGCUCCCCAUCAGCAGCAGCAGCAGCAGCGGCGGCGGCGGCGGCGGCGGCGGCAGCCCGGGCCGCAGCAUGACGGCGGCGGAGCUGUACGGGGCGGCGGCGGCGGGCGGCGCGGCGGGCGGCGCGGCGGGCGGCGGGGCGCUGCCGGGGCCCGGCGGGGCGGCGAGCGGGCGGCGCUGGGGCUUCAAGGCGCUGUCCCUGGUGCUGCUGCUGGGGCAGGGCGCGCUGCUGGACCUCUACCUGAUCGCCGUCACCGACCUCUACUGGUGCAGCUGGAUCGCCACCGACCUGGUGCUGGCCGCCGGCUGGGGCAUCUUCUUCUGCCGCAACAGCCGGGCGCGCCGCCGGGAGCGGCCGCCGCCGCCGCCGCCCGGGCCGCCGCCGCCGCACCCGCUGCUGCUGCACGGGCCGCCCGGGGGCCGCGGCGGCGGCCGCGGCGGCGGCGGCCCCCCCCGCGGCGGCGACUUCGCCUACGCGCACCUCGCCUGGCUCAUCUACUCCAUCGCCUUCACGCCCAAGGCGGCGCUGAUCCUGGGCACCUCCAUCCUGGAGCUGAUCGAGCUGCGCCUGCCGCUGGGCACCACCGGCUUCCGCGUCACCCUGGCGCUUUCGGCGCCGCUGCUCUACUGCCUGCUGCGGGCCAUCGGCACCGAGGGCGCCGGGCAGCUGCUGCUGCCGCCGCAGCCGCCGCCGCAGCACCGCGCCGCCGCCGCCUUCCUCGCCACCUGCCUCGACCUGCUGGACAGCUUCUCCCUGCUGGAGCUGGUGCUGCAGCCCGGGCGGCCGGCGCCGCUGCCCGCUCCGCUGCGCUACCUGCUCAUCGCCGUCUACUUCCUCUGCCUGGCCUCGCCCGUGCUGUGGCUGUACGAGCUCAGCGCCGCCCGCCCCCCCGGCGCCGCCCGCCUCGCCCUGCACCUCCUGCUGCCCGCCGGGCUGCUGGACGCGCCGCUGCUGGCGCUGCGCUGCCUCCUGCUCCUGCGCUACCAGCAGCCACUCUCGCUCUUCAUGCUGAAAAACCUCUUCUUCCUCGCCUGCCGCGGCCUGGAGGCCCUGGAGACCUGCUGCCUCCUGCGCCCCGCCGCCGCCGCCGCGCCGGCCGCCAAGUACGGCGCGGCCCCGGCGCCCCCCGCCGCCGCGCCGCUGCCCCACGGCCUCUCCGAGGCCGACGUGGGCCCCCACGGCUAUGUCAACGCCCUGGCGGUCACGGCGCAGGGCUGAGCCCCCGCCCCGGCAGGGCCGCCCGCGU